AUGUCUAUGAAAGCAGCACUCUUUCAUGGAGUCGAGGGGGGACUAGAGAUCGGGACCUGUCCGAUACCGACGUUGCAGGCUGGCGACAUUCUCAUCAAGGUCGCGGCGGCUGGCCUGUGUCACUCAGACCUGGUGACCCUGAGUGGACAACAAACACCUAAAAAGGGGUAUCCGAUCAUCCCCGGGCACGAAGCCUCUGGGACCGUGGAAAAGGUGGGAGAAGGGGUCAAGGGGUUCAAAGUCGGUGAUAAAGUUGGUUUUCUUCUCUAUUACCACAACUGUGGGAAAUGCCUCCUGUGCGCUGCGACCCCUAUUGCGUGUCCCGAUGGUAUUCUCCAGGGUUUCAACGGGGAUGGAUAUUUCGCCGAGUACGCCGUCGUGGAUGCAAGAUCUGCCAUGUUGCUUCCUGAGGGUCUAGAUCUGGUCGAAUCCUGUCCGCUGUUCUGUGCCGGCCUGACUGCCUUUCAUGCAGUGGAUCAGAGUGAGUUGAAACCUGAUCAGUGGAUAGGGAUUGUGGGUAUCGGCGGGUUGGGCCAUUUAGCGGUUCAGUACGCUGCAAAAAUGGGCCUGAGGAUUGCAGCCUUGGACAUUGACGAGAGGAAACUGGCAUCGGCUAAGUCGCUGGGGGCUGAGGUUACUUUUAAGGUCAAAGACCCUAAGUUCAUUGAUGAUCUGCGCCAGAUAACGGGCGGAGGAGUUGACGUUGCCGUCUGCUUGAGCGGAUCGAACGCUGCUUAUGACACCGCUGCGAGUAUCAUUAAGCCCGGCGGGACGUUGAUGUGUGUUGGCAUUAACGAAGGACGGCUUCCCAUCUACAGCGUCCCCCUUGCCAAUGGACUCAUCAAGGUUAAGGGUGCUUCGUCCGGGUUUCCUGGUCCUAUGAUGGAGAAGGCUAUCCACUUCAGUGCCAAACACAACAUUGUGCCACAUGUGACCAAGUACCGCCUGGACGACCUUCCAGAAAUGGUGAAAAAGGCCAAGAGUGUCAAGAAACGCACUCCGACUACGGACAAGCCGCUGGGUACACGAGCCUGA